CGUCAAACGUUAUUCAUUAUUGGGAUAAUAAACUGAGUCACUUCAAUUUUAGCUUAAUUGCAACUAGUCCUCUGAAUAAAGCUGUCGUUAAUAGGUUUUGUUGAUAAAGACUUCUAUAAUCUUCAUUGUGAACCUCGGUCACAAUCUAAAUUUCGAGCAGUUAACUGACUAAAGGACAAUAACGUUGUUUUAUAAUUUCGCAUCUAAUAUAACAUUAAUGUUUAAUCGGCGAAGUAAAAAAAAAUGUGUUGUAAAAUAACAGAUUAAAACAUUUAUUAGACUCCUUGUUUUGAACACUAACUGUUUAACAUGGAUCGAAAAGCAGGUUGCUCUCUAGCGGCUGGGACUUCACAACCUCCCUAUAAGCGUCGUCUAUCGAACAACUCAGCUGAUACAACAAAACAUAGACAGCCAUGUUUAUGCAAAACAAAUGACAAAACUAUCAGACAAGCAGAACAUUUUGAAUAUGAUUGUAAUGAGCCACAAAUACCAGAGUUAAUUGAAAUUUCCGACGACGAUGAUGGAAAUAACGACGCUAUGCAACAUGUAAAUGUCCCUAUUAUUACUCAUAGAAAAGGGACUGAGGAAAGCAGCACAAAUGAAAAUCCAUCGGAUGCAACCCACGACAAUAAUACAAGACUUCAGGAUUUCAGGACUUCAGGACUUCAGAAAGCUCUGGAUAAAUCAUUACCGGGAGCUUUGGAUAAAUCAUUAACAGAAGUUCUGGAUAAAUCGUUAGCAGAAGCUGUGGGUAAAUCAUUAGCGGAAGCUCUGCAUAAAUCAUUAGCAGAAGCUCUGGGUAAAUCAUUAAUGGAAGCUCUGGAAGAAUCUUUAACGGAAGCUCUGGGUAAAUCAUUAGCGGAAGCUUUUGUUAAAUCAUUAGCGGAAGCUCUGGAUGAAUCAAUAGCGGAAGCUCUGGAUAAAUUAUUAGCAGAAGCUCUGGAUAAACCAUUAGAAGAAGUUCUGGGUAAAUCAUUACCGGAAGCUCUGGGUAAAUCAUUGCCGGAAGCUCUGGGUAAAUCAUUGCCGGAAGCUCUGAGUAAAUCAUUGCUGGAAGCUCUGAAGAAGCAAGAGAAAAAAGCUGACAAGGAUACUGCUUCGAGUACAGACGAAGAGUAUGAAUCUGAAACAGACAGUAAUGAAACUAUUAAAUUAGGUGACAACGACGUAACUGUUAAAAAAUCUAAACAAAAGAAUGAAAUUCCUACUUUUGAACUACCCCCUGAAUACGAUCCAGCCGACUCCAGGUGGACAUUGAAGCAUAAGAAAUAUAGCCUCGAACUUAAGGAACUGAUACCCGAAAGUGGCGUAUACAUAAAUGCUAGUUCCUUUGAAUACAUUAAAACGUUAGCGAAGAAUGCUUCAGAUUUAGUUCGCCGGCUGAUGCCAGAGAUAUUUUGCGACCCAGCCUUGAGAGUUUGCAGUUUAAAAGGUGAAGCAAGAGUUUCCUAUCCCAACAUUCGUAGACCUGGCUUAGAUGAUAAUGCCGUCAGAACGAUAAUUAGAUUUGUUGAUGAAUACGGCGCAAAAAAAAAACUGGGACAAGUGUGGGACAAACAUUCAUUCAGUUAUGACUCACAGGUAAUAGCUGAAGAACUGGUAGAAUUUACUAGUUCCUACGCCUAA